AUGGCCGACACGUUAGUUAUUGCCACGCGUGGGUCGACCGGCCUUUACUUGGGCAACGCAACCAAUCCGGCUAAAUUUCCGCCUGAUGACAAUCGACCCGCAAAAGAAAUCCCAUGUCGUGUCUUGGACUACAGCCACGAUGGCCGCUAUUUUCUCUUCUGUGACACCACCAGGACUAUGCUCGUUGAUCUGGAAUCAAACAAGCCAGUCGUUUCAUUGCCGCUCAAACGCACGAUGGUUGUCGCUUUCUCGCCAAAGGAUACGUACUUCAUGCUAUGGGAGCCCUAUGCCACUUAUGCAGGAGAUGCUGAGGAUAAGAAACCCGAUCCAAAUUUGAGAAUUUACCGCACCACCGAUGGGUCACAAGUAGCUAACUUCGUCGCUCAAAAACAGGCGACUUGGAAGCCGGUGUUCAGCGACGACGAAAAGAUUAUGGUGCGACAAGUUGGUGGCGAGCUUUUGGUUCACAACAGUGAUAAUUUGGAGCAUUUUGUCUUCAAAAAAGCUUUCCCGAAGUUUGAGACGUUUGCACUUUCACCGGGGUCUGGGCAAUUCAUUGCCAUUUUCACGCCACCACAAGGGGCUCAGGCCGCUUCCGUACAAAUUCGACGCGUCGAGGCAAAGUUUCCCGUCGUCAACACGAAGAAUUUCUUUAAUGGUGACAAGGCUAAUCUUAUUUGGAACAACAAAGGUACGGCUAUCUUGAUCCACGCCCAAGUAGAGGUCGACACAACCAACAAAUCGUACUACGGGCAAUCCUACGUGUAUCUGGCUAACAUUACAGGAGACUCCUGUCAAGUGACACUACCCAAGAACGGGCCCGUUUACGCUGUAAAAUGGAACCCAAAUAGCGUUGAAUUUGCUGUUUGCUAUGGAUAUAUGCCAUCAAAAGUCACAAUCUUUAACUUCCGCGGAGAACCCUUUUUCGAUAUGGUAGAAGGACCACGUAAUGAGAUCUACUACAACGUCUUUGGCAACAUUCUUCUUGUGUGCGGAUUUGGUAAUCUAGCGGUGGGACGAAUGGAGUUUUGGGAUACCGAAAAGCGAAAACUGAUCAUUUCGAUUGAUGUUCCAAAUACGACUUUCUUUCAAUGGGCUCCCGACGGACGCCAUUUCAUCACGGCCACCACAACUCCUCGUCUUCGCAUAGACAACAAUUACAGAUUGUGGCACUACAGCGGAAAGCUUUUAUUCGAGAAGCACUACCAAUCACCUGUUGAGGAAUUGUGGCAGGUUGAAUUCCGACCCAUGUUAAAAAGCAAGCUGAACGAGUUCAAAGUGCAGGAGCUUACCUCUGAUCAAAAGAUGCAGGCUGGACUGAUGCUCAAAAAGAAUGGUGAUGAAUCGCAAGGAUUAAUUGCUGCUGGAGCGUUGAAGAAAGCCGCCGCUUAUAUUCCGCCACAUUUGAGAAAUCUUUCUGAUCCGAAACCUGGUGCCUCGAAAAAUGAGAAUAGAGGUCCCACUACUGUCCUCUCUGAGUCGGAGAAGAAAAUUCGAUCCUUGCAAAAAAAGAUUGAUGAUAUUGCUAAGCUAAAAGUGAAGAAAGAACGCGGAGAAAAGCUCGAAUCAAAUCAGCUUGAAAAGAUCGAGAAGGAGGGUGAACUUGUGGCUGCUCUCGAAUCUCUCAAACUUUCCACU